AUGGAAAACAUCCCUGUUGACAUCUUGUACGAGUUUUUCAACGCCGUCACAAAUUAUAAAUCGCGUACGGACGUUCCCCUUGACAACAACGAAAUCGAUGAUGUAUUCAACCUUCGCUUAGUCUGUCGUGGCUUUUACCAAACCGCAUGGACUGUCUUCGCCAAGGCUGUCUCCAGCAAGGUAUUCCGACCCACUACAGGAGAUUUAGCCAAAUUGAAGAUGGCCUCACAGGUGCCGAUCCUUGCUCGGACAAUCACGACGCUUACCUUCUCCACAAUUGUUCCUCGUCGUUCAAUCCUCGACGCGAUUUGCUAUGUGAUCAGACAUGCACCUCCCGACUAUGAUGCCAUUCUGCCGAUACACGAAAUCGAGCGUAUCGAAGAGGAAUACGAGGUGGUCUACAAAAUCCUCAUAAAAUCCUACUGGGCGGAGUUCAAAAUACUGCUCCCGGCAGCACUGAGCAGCUUCAAAAGGCUCAGAACCAUCAACAUCAAGAACGAGAGAGUCGAAUUCCUGAGCACUUUUGUCGACUUCCCCACUCCCUACAUCCAACACGGUCUCCAGGGAGCAAUCUGGAACAUAUUUACCGGGCUUAUUGAUCGCUCGUACCCGACCGAGGCAUACCUGAUCAGGGCACUCCUCAGUGACCAUGUCUUGCCCGCCCUCUCCAACAUUGAGAGCCUUCACCUCCCGGAAAUCGGCUACUAUCUCCAGCCCUUUCACAGAUCUUUCGGCAACCCAACUCCUGCGUCCCUGCAAAACCUGCGAAAGCUAGAUAUCACGAUUGACACCAUGCGACGCAACGAAUUCGGACCUCUAAGGGGCAGGGUCUCGGAUCCCAAAAGCAUCGCAAGAUUCAUCGGCCAGCUACGUGGCCUGAAGGUCCUAAAAAUGACGUUCAGCGACAACUCCUGGCCAUUAGAAGCUCUCCAGGACAUGCAAGAUUUCGUUCGACUGCCGCUGCUCGAAGAGCUCUCUCUCAAGUUCGUGGUGUACGUCCAGCACCUGACCGAGCUGUGCGGAUUCCUCCAGAACCAUGCCCGAACCCUCCGCCGCCUAAGCAUCGGCUUCGACAAGGUCACCAUCCCAGUGUGGCCGCUCCUGCGGCAUCGAAUCUCGCAAUAA